UACCGGAGGAUGAACGCGGACAGCGGCUGCACGGCGGCUCCCCUCCCGGUUCAUAGAGGCAGCAACCGGGGAGAAAGCUGAACGGAGAGGAACGACAUGCAGGGGGAGGAUUCACCUUAUCGAUAACUAACGCGGGAUAUCAGGGGUUGCAAAGAUGACUGAGGGCAGACUGUGCCAAGUGCAGCUGCUGGAUGACAGGAAGCUGGAGCUGCUGGUUCAGCCCAAGCUUCUGUCCUAUGAACUCCUCGACUUAGUUUCCUCCCACUUCAACCUCAAAGAGAAGGAAUUCUUCGGGCUCGCAUUUUUCGAUGACAACGGUCAGCGUAAAUGGUUGCAGAUGGACCGCAGGGUUCUCGAACAUGACUUUUCCAAGAAGUCCGGGACCAUUGCUCUCAACUUCCUGGUCAGGUUUUACGUAGAAAACAUAACACAGCUCAAGGACAUAAUAACAGUGGAGUUAUUCUUCCUGAAUGCCAAAUCUGCUGUCUAUAAUGAGGUUAUAGAGGUGGAAAGCGAGAACGUCUUCAAAUUAGCUGCAAAUGCCUUGCAGGAGGCAAAGGGAGACUACACAAGUGAUGAAAACACAAGAGCUGACCUGAAGAAACUACCAACUCUUCCCACAAAAGUUCUCAAAGAACACCCGUCACUUGCAUACUGUGAGGAUCGGGUUAUUGAAUAUUACAAACAGCUAAAAGGAGUCUCCAGAGGACAGGCUAUUGUGCAGUAUCUGACGUUAGUGGAAUCGCUGCCCACGUAUGGCGUGCAUUACUAUGAAGUGAAGGACAAACAAGGGAUCCCAUGGUGGCUCGGGCUCAGCUAUAAGGGCAUCGGCCAGUAUGACCAGCAGGACAAGUUAAAACCCAGAAAGCUUUACCAGUGGAAGCAGCUGGAAAACUUGUACUUCCGUGAGAAGAAGUUUGCCGUAGAAGUUAAUGAUCCACACAGACGAGCAGUAACCAAGCGCACAUUUGGACAGACAGGCCUGCUCAUACACACUUGGUAUGCCAGCCAUUCUUUGAUCAAAACCAUUUGGGUCAUGGCGAUCAGCCAGCACCAGUUCUACUUAGACAGAAAACAAAGCAAAGCAAAAUUAGGAACAGCAAGAAGUCUGGAGGAGAUUGCCAUGGAUCUGACAGAGCACGGAGGAGCAAAAAUAAACAAACUGGGGGAUGCAGGUCUGAAGAAUAACUUAAUAACAGCCAGCAAUGGGAGCCUGGUGUCUACAGGUUCUGCAGACUCUGAAAUGAGCGAAGAACAAAAAAAGGAGAAACUUGCUGAGCUGAGGAAAAAAGAGCAGGAGAUUCAGGACAUUUUGGCAAAGAAAACAAAAGAACUGAAGAAGAUUUGCCUGAGAGAGGCGGAGCUCACUGGCAAGCUGCCAAAAGAGUAUCCCCUCUCUUCAGGUGAGAGACCGCCACAGGUCAGACGGCGAGUUGGCACUGCUUUUAAGUUGGAUGAGCUUUUCCCCUACAAUGAGGAUCCUUUCCUGAGGAACCUGGAGAGCAGGUUCGCCCUGCAGCAGAAGAUUGUGGAGGCGGCCAAGAAGCUGGCAAAUGAACCAGAGCUGUGCAAAACAGUGAAGAAGAAGAGGAGGAGAAAUUGUCUGGAUGCCAUGCACAAACUCCAGCAGAUAGAAGAUGAGAUGAACCAGUACAGAAUCAAAAAGGGGAAGAAGCCGACACAGCGGGCCUCUGUCCUUAUUGCAGAUGAACUCAUCCGCUCAGACUGCAGCUCUCUGUCUAGCCUCCCGCUGGAUGAUGAUGACUCAGACAGUGCGAGUCAGAGGCCUCGGUCUCGAUCAGUCCAAGGUUCUCCUCAGCUCAGCCCCAUGCGAACGCUGGGGACGGAAUAUGACGCAGAGAGACAUGGAUGCCCGAGGGAAAAUCAUCAUAACAAGAACCACAGCAGAUUAGCUUUUGAAAGCCAGGAGGCUUCCCACUGCUACCAGAAUCCAAGAGAGGUUUCCUCCACGCACAGUAGUCCCUAUAAAACCCUUCCCAGACCUCCUAGAGAUCCACGCAGCAUGCCGCCCACCCCGGUUAUGACCCGAAAUGCCUACAGCAGCAGCCAGCUCAGGUCUGAGGGGUCUCCACAUUGCUUCAGGCAUCGCAGUGGAAGUCUGGAGUCCCAGCCUCACAUAAGAAAAGACACGGACUCCGAGAAGCCCGUCUUUAUGUUGUCGCCGGCUCACCGCAGCAACAGCACAGAGGUGUUAGAGGACUGCUCCUCCUAUACCAGCCAGUCCAGCCUGGACUACUGCGGGGCCACCAACUCCCACUACAGCACUCUGGACUCCCGAAGCUCCACCAUGCAUCGUCUCCACAGGAAGGUUGAGGUCUUUGGAAAUACUGGGAGUAUGCCUAACUUGGUUCAGCACCAUUCGGGUUGUAAUUACUCAUGUGAGACCCCAGCACACUAUGCACCCAGUGCCUACUACGUCUCCGGAUACCCCUGCCCGGAUAUGGAGCCUUACGCUAACGGUGCCUACGUGUAUGAGAGUGACGUAGAGGGCCACUACAACGUCAACCCUUCCUACCAAGUAAAUGGCUAUCAUGGACACGACAGGUUCAGGCAUUACAGCAGUGACCAGGCAGAUGGUCUUUCUCAGAAUCCCUAUGCUACGGUGAGGCCGCCGCGGAACAGAGAGGGGCCCAGGAACGAGCUGUUGGCCAAAAACAUGCAGAGGGCGCUGGUGGCAGAGCAUCUGAAGGGCUGGUAUCACAGAAAUAAGGGUCAAAGGGAAGGAGGGAGGGGGAUGAUGGCUGGGUAUGACUUUGACAAUGGCUCUCAGCUCAGCCUGGGCUACCAGACCAUGCCUGCCGCCUUCAGCCACUCCAGCAGGACCACCUCGUUUUCAUCAGUGUCUUCAGUGGAAAGCUCAGGUAACUGGCGCAACCAGCUGGCAGUCGGCCUGACAGAGUACGAUUCACCCGACACACCUCACUACCCACACCCUGGAACUCCUUACAACCGCAGUCCCACGCACAGAUAUCACCUGGAUGGAAGCUACAUGAGCAUCCGCUGAAGAGGACCAAACCAAACCUUUGGAAAUCAAACCACGGCCAGCAGCACAUGAAGGGGAAACAGAGGCAGUCCACGGACUUUGAUUCUGUUGUGUUUUAGCAGAGUCUACGUGCACACUGCCCUCAUGCAGAAGAAACCUCCGUACACAGUGAUGACACUCUUGAAUGACUUCUUCCAUGUGCCUUGGAUUGGAUGAAUUGUACAGGCAGAUGAGAAUGUGUCGAGAAACUUUAAAGGUGUUGCACAACCACACUGGAAUCAAACCCUAUUGUGUUUGAAGACAACAAAAAAGAAGCAACAUGUGUUUUUAACCCAAAUCCAACUCUGUGUAUUUUAACUGGAACUAGCUACUGCCUUAUACAAAACAGUAGGUAAUAGGAUAAAAGUCACUGUCAUCUCUCAUCUCAGUAAAGUAUGAUAAGAUAUAACAUCCUAAUGGAGAUGAAGUUAAAACAUGUUCAUAUAAGGCAUAAAAAGAUCAUUCUUUAGAGCAGACUGUGUUUCUUUCCUUUCUUUCAAUCAGAAUGUACUUUGUCAUUAUUGUUUAUAGAACCAUUUGUCUUUGUUGGUGCUGUAAUGUUGUGUUUUUACAAUGCAUGGUGACAAUUGAAUUUUUUUGAUAAGAUCUCUUUUUUUUAUCAACAGAAGAGCACUGCCGUAAGAAGCAUCUUCAGAUCUCCCUGUUUGUUUCCCUCACACAUUUGUACAGUCAGUGUGUAGUUCUAUGUUAGAUGUUGUCAUAAAAUAUUUUCCAUUGGGAACAAGGAUGUGAAUAAAUACAUG